GCUCGAAUAACUACCUACAACUGACGGUUGAUCAUCAAUUCAUCAAUCAUCAGAUGAAAAGGAGCUCGAGAUGACGGAGAUAAACAUGUGGAGUGGAGAUCGAGCCGGCCGAGGCGUGCAAACCACCGCGCGCUGCCUCGUUGCCGUCGUCUGUCCCCAUCUCGGCUUCUCGGCAGCUCCACCGCCCGGCCGGGCCGGGCACUACUAUGAUAUUCUCCCUUGUCCGCAUGCCCCAUCUCGUCUCACUUCGCGCUUCUCUCGAGUCUCGCCACCUCCGUCACCUACGAGUCCUCCGCCAGAGGCUCCGGCGGCGGGAUGGAGCUGAAGCCUGGCUUGUCGGCCCUCGUCACCGGCGGCGCCUCCGGCAUCGGGAAAGCGCUCUGCAUUGCUUUUGCAAGGAAGGGUGUGUUUGUGACCGUCGUCGAUUUUUCCGAAGAAAAUGGGAGAGAAGUUGCUUCGAUUGUUCAGAAGGAAAACAAACUUAUUCAUGCAUAUGCUAGAGUUCCAUCUGCCAUAUUCAUCAAGUGCGAUGUCACCAAUGGAGAUGCUCUUGCUGCUGCUUUCCGGAAACAUGUGGACACAUUUGGUGGACUAGAUAUCUGCAUCAACUGUGCUGGAUUUGUCAACAAAUCUUUGGUUUAUGAUGAUAAAUCUGAUGGAACUUCCACUUGGAGGCGUGCAGUAAAUGUGAAUCUUGUUGCCGUUAUCGAUGGUACUCGUAUUGCAACUCAAGUAAUGCGAUCCCAGAAGAAGCCUGGUGUCAUAAUAAAUAUUGGCUCAGUUGCUGGUCUAUAUCCUAUGAGCUAUGAACCUGUGUAUAGCGGGACAAAAGGGGGUGUGGUUAUGUUUACAAGAUCACUUGCCCCAUUGAAGCGGCAUGGCAUUCGUGUCAAUGUACUGUGCCCUGAGUUUGUCCAAACUAAUAUGGGAGAAAAAGUAAAUCGUGUACUUGUGGAUGCACUUGGUGGGUAUCUAAAGGUGGAGGAUGUUGUUAAAGGUGCAUUUGAGCUUAUAGAAGAUGAGAGCAAGGCUGGUGCUUGUCUUUGGAUAUCUAAGCGGAAAGGGAUGGUUUAUUGGCCAACAUCUGAAAAAGAAAAAAACUACCUUGUUUAUUCCUCGAAAUCACAAAGGAAAUCGGUAGAGAAUAGAUUUCCUAGCAUCCAAGCACCUGAAUACUUUCAGAAGAUGGUUGUUCACACACUCAGCCAUAAUUUUCGGAAUGCUACAAGGCUUGAGCGCAUGCGCCUGAGAUUACCUAUUGAACCACACAGCGCUCUAGUUAAAAUAAUAUAUGCUGGUGUAAAUGCUAGUGAUGUAAACUUCAGUUCUGGUCGUUAUUUCAGUGGUAAUGCUAAAGAAGCUGCUGCACACCUUCCAUUUGAUGCUGGUUUUGAGGCUGUGGGAAUUGUUGCUUCUGUUGGAGAUUUGGUGAAACAUAUCAAAGUUGGCACUCCUGUGGCCCUUAUGACUUUUGGGAGCUACACUGAAUUCAUGCUGAUUCCAGCCAAACGUCUUAUUCUAGUGCCAAGACCAGACCCAGAGGUAGUCGCUAUGCUAACAUCAGGGUUGACUGCAUCAAUUGCUCUUGAAAAGGCUGGUCAAAUGACGUCUGGGCAGGUUGUUUUAGUCACAGCAGCUGCUGGUGGAACAGGACAAUUUGCUGUUCAGCUUGCAAAAUUAGCUGGCAAUAAGGUUGUAGCUACAUGUGGAGGUGAAAGUAAAUCUACGUUUCUGGCUUCCUUAGGAGUUGAUCGAGUUAUCAACUACAGAAAUGAAAAGAUCAAAGAUGUUCUGAAGAAAGAGUUUCCAAGAGGUGUGGACAUCAUAUAUGAAUCUGUAGGUGGAGAAACAUUUGAUAUCUGUUUGAAUGCCCUUGCAGUCUAUGGGCACCUCAUUGUAAUUGGUAUGAUCUCUCAGUAUCAAGAAAAGGAAGGAUGGAAGCCACAAAAUUACACUGGACUAUGUGAGAAGAUUCUUGGGAAAAGUCAGACUGUGGCUGGAUUUUUCCUGAUUCAGUAUGCUCACCUGUGGCAAGACCAUCUUGAAAAACUCUUUAACCUGUAUGCCUCUGGAAAGCUAAAGGUUUUCCUUGACCCCAAGAAAUUCCUGGGUGUUGCUUCCGUCGCAGAUGCAGUAGAGUAUCUCCAUUCUGGCAGGAGCGUUGGCAAGGUCGUUGUUUGCAUGGAUCCAUCCUACGGCCAGACCCUUGCUAAGCUGUAGUGUGUACUUGCAAGUCUGCAGACAUAUGAGCUGCACUGUCAACAGAAGAUAUUCUUCUUCAGAUUCCUGUUCUGUCAGACAGAAGAUGAUGACCACAAAAUCUCAUCUGCACUGAUGCGUAGAGUUACGCCGUAUGUUCAGGCUUGGCAGCAUAUAGCUCGCUUGUCCGAUUAGUUGGCUGGGCACGUGAGCAGGAGAGGCAAAAAUUGGACAGGAAAUUGAAUAAGCUUCUAAGCCGGGUGACUGUUUAAAUAAACUGCUCUGCUCAAUUGUGCAAGACAUUUUUUUCCUGGUUAU